GAAAACGCAGCAACGCUUCGGCUCUGCUGACCGUCGGGAACCAAGGAGGCGAUGCCCAAACAGACCAGCCUGGCGGACGGUGUCGGCUGUUGUCGGCUGCGCGGGUCGGAGAUUGAGAGUUCCCCUGGCCAGGAAGGCGUUUUGUGGGCCGAGGCAUGGAGGACAGCCAUUCUGCUCACACCGAGCGCAUGCCGUCAAUGUCCUGCCAAGCCGGGAGCGAGCCCUGGGGCUGAUACCCUGUCGCAUCGGGAUCCGGCUGAACAAGUUUGCCGACCACACAGAAUCGGGGCAUGAGACGGAGGGAUACACAGGGAGGGCAAGCCCAGGCAGACCGGGGCUGUGUCGAUCCAAACUGCUCUUGGCAGGGGGGUCACUGCAGAAGCACGCAGAAGCACGCAGAUGCGCCGAGGUUUCAGAUGUCGAGACAGCCGCUCUUUCUAUUCAACUCGGUCACAGGCGCAAGGAGGUGGCAGACAGUCGUAGCCUCAACCGGGACAGCGAUACCUCCUUGGCUCGACAUUCGUUGGGUAAAAGUACCGCUCACCAGCACGAGCGAUUUGCUGAGGCGAGAGACCUGGCAAUAUGGGUCAUUCAUCAAAACAAGAGCAUUCGUCGAAGCAGGGACAUUCAGCGCAGUGGUAUCCAUCGAAGCAGGGACACUCGGUGCAGUGGUAUCCAUCGAAGCUGCACCAUCCACCGACCUCGGCCAGAUGAUAUUCGGUUCAACCAGGGCGGGCGUUUCCAUCCCCUUGCUCCGGCCGGCGCACCGCAUGCGAACGAGUCCGAGACACCAUGACCAAUCCGAUCCACCUGAUUUGCAACCUUGGUCGCCGGCUGAUCGCAGAAUGGUCGCAGAAUGGUCGCCAACUGGCCGCGCCGGCUUGGCCCACUGGCUCGGCUCUCACAACAAGUAUGCGGGCUGAGCGUCGCCGUCAAGCCCUCGCCGUGUUGUUCCGAAAGAGACAAUGUGUCCCAUUCUUUCUUCAACACGGUGUACUCCUGCGAC